AUGAUUCCGUCCGAUGAUAAUCACAUUACUACAUCAACUACCGCAUUACCUCGUCAUUCAACGAAAUCACCUUCACGUCAAGCGACUCUCUUUGCUCGUCGGCAUUAUCAUGUCUACGAUUGGACACGUCUUUCAUUUUAUGAUAAUGUACCACCACCACUCGGCUAUCAAAGUGAACCAGUCAUCAUCGAUAAUCGUUCUCCCACAGCAACAUCAGUUUCGUCAACUGAUGACCAUAGUCUGAAACGCACUACUUUAACUCAUAUUCGUUCUUCAACUGAUAGAAAAGAUUCCGGUCUUGGUACAAGUAGUGUUGAAAGACAGAUCGAUUCUGUUGUAUUAACAACUAAUUCUGAUGUAUUACAUCGAUCGACAUCUUCUCUGUCAUCGUCAUCGUCAUCAUCAUCUUCGUCAGAAAGUGAUGUAACCAAUACUAUCCCGUCAUCUUCAACGCCGGCACGUUUACCCGCUAGUCGUAAAAUUCGAGUUAAAUGGCAUUCAUUUACAAAAUCUCAUCGUCCUAGUUUUAAUUCAUCGAAAUAUCAUUUGGGACAAAUGUCCGUUGGACAAUUAUUUGCUUUGCGCCGUGCAGCAUCUAUACGUAUCCAAGAAUUACUUGAUACAACAAGAAUUCUAUCAAUAAAAAAGGAUGAUCAAAUACCAACAUUAGUCAACACAACUGUUGCAUCACCGCAAAGUUUACUUGCUACUGCAUUUAGUGCUGUACCAAAAUUAAUCAUUCGACGACAUCAACAACGAAAAGAAACUCAUUCAGAAAUGAAAGAUAUUAAAAAAUCAGUAUUCGGUGUGUCACUUCUUUCGAUGACUCAACGCACUGGACAUCCCGUUCCAAUAACGAUUAUUUCAGCCAUGAAAUAUCUUCGGCGAACAUCAAUCGACAGCGUUGGCAUCUUUCGUAAACCUGGUGUUUCUAAUCGUAUCAAGCGUCUUCACGAUUUAAUUGAAUCUGAUCUCGAAUUUCAUCAAUUCGAUGAUUUCAGUCCAUAUGAUGUUUCGGAUGUCUUAAAACAAUACUUCCGUUCAUUACCGGAAUGUUUAUUCACAACGAAACUAUCACCGCUAUUUCUUAAUAUCAGUGAGCAUUUUUCCAACAUAGCCACAUCAUCAUCGAUCGAUUCCACAACGAUCAAAUUAAAUAACGAACGUCGAUUACGUUCGUUACAGUAUGCGGUUCUUCUCUUGCCAGAUGAAAAUCGUUUAGUAUUACAUUUGCUUCUAUCGUUUUUAAAUGAUGUUUCGAAACAUUCGAAAACGAAUCAGAUGAGUUCGAUUAAUUUAGCGACUUGCUUCGCACCAACAUUGUUUUCAUUUCGUCACUAUAACGAUAUGGAAAUAGUCGAUCUAUCUACAUCGUCAUCGACACGCAAGACUCCGCAGACGACAGUCACUUCAAAUAUCAUGGGCAUGCCUGAUUGGAGAGAAAUUCAAGAACAACGGAAGGCUAUGGAGAUUUUAGCAUUUAUGAUCGAUCAUGUUCGAUCAUUAUUUCUUGUACCGGAUGAACUUCAUCAAGCAUGUCACUUUUCUUAUAUUGAAAUUGGCGAACCAUGCACAUUAGAAGAAUUAGCGCGACGUGUAUCGGAAACGACAACAACAUCCGCUGUAACAACAACAACAACUCCAUUGUUGAAUAAAUAUCGGCGAUGUUCAUCAAGCAAUCUCGUUGGAAAACGUACAGCACAACAGCGUGCAACAGAAAUCGGCACUAUAUCAGCGUCUGAUUCGAUUGGAUCAUUGUCAUCGUCACCGUCCGCAUCAUCAUCAUGCGAAAAUAUUCUUUUAAAUGAUAAUUUAACUACGAGUAAAUCUUCGACAACGCCCACAACAAUGAAAUCAUUCUCAUCAUCACGCUUAUGUACUGACGAUAUGACUAGUGCAUUGCAAUUACUAUCAACACCACCGAGUAUAAAAAAUUCCUAUCAAGGCUUUAUCGAUCGCUGUAUUGUGGAAGUGAUGCGCGAAUCGUGUUACAAUAAAAUCAAAGGAUGGACUUCGUUUGGAAUUAACAAUGACUUAGAACUUGCAUUCAAAAAAUUAGACGACGGUCAUCCACUGGGAUUGUGGAAAUGUUCAGCGGAAAUUGAAGCGCCACCAAUUGAAAUACUUAAUCGACUUCUAAACGAAAGGCAUCUUUGGGAUGAUGAUUUUCAAUCCGGUACAAUUAUUGAACAGUUAAAUCAAAAUACGCACGUUUAUCAAUAUACACUCAACUCAAUGGCUCCUUUAGCAUCGCGAUAUUUCUGCGAAGUACGUAGUUGGAGAACGAAUGUUCAAUUGAAUACGAAUGGCAGUUAUCAAAAUUCCAUGUCAACAAACAAUAAUAGCUAUACUAAUAACACACUAAUGGCACUUCCAGUUGGUUCAUCAUCAACAGCAUCGUCCAGCGCAAUAGCUUCAUUUAUUACUACGCAAAAUCCACAUAAUCAAAAGCGAGAUGCGUGUGUUCUUGUCUGUACAUCUAUUGAACAUCCAAAAGCACAUUGCCCACCAACUCUUGUUCGCGCUGUGACAUUAGCUUCUCGGUAUUUAAUACAAUCCUAUGGAUGUGGUAAAUCAAAAGUAACACAUUUAAGCCGUGUAGAUCUAAUGGGUCGUUCACACGAAUGGUAUACCAAAGCAUAUGGUUCAGUCUUAACUCGAUUAAUGACAAAACUCAGAGACUCAUUUGCCCAUUUAAAUACGGGCCCUGAAACAAAAGUCUGA